CCAGAAUGGGCUGCCUGAUUCAAGAUAUCAGAUGGGUAUAAAUACAAGCAUCUAUCAGUGUUGCUCACUCUCUCUUGCACAACCUCCAAUUCAACCAUCCAAGUUUCGUCGACCCAAAAUCCUAGUCAAGAUGCGUGCAGGAGUAGUCGCCCAGCUGCUUUUCGUUGGCUAUGCCAGCGCAAUCUCGGUUCGACUUUUCAACAAGAAUGGCGUGAGCAGUUCAUAUGCUGUGAAUGCUGACGGCAGUUGCUUUGACCUCGCCGGCGGUACCCUCCAGCAAUACAACGACAAUCUCAAGGCAAUGGAGAUCCCACCGGGCUACCAGUGUGUCAUCUGGGAGGAUUACAAUUGCAAGAACCUGCAUACAAACGCUAUUCAGGGCUUGCCGCAGAUUGAGCAAGUCUGCUGGGGACAUUAUCCAAACCAGCCGAACCAUGACUGGUCCAAGAAAGCUUCGUCUUUCAAGUGCUGUCCCGCGGGCAUAGAGCCGGGUUGGUGUGCAGGGUCGAUCCCGUACUGUUGA